CUUAGCGACAGUGUACACACUUUUUCAAAAGGGAAGUUAUAAUUAGCUCGUAUCUUGUCAGGGAUUGAUACCGUCUGGUUUGGAUACGAUUUGUGUAUCCGGGGACACGCAAGAUGGGGAUCCUUGGACUUUUUGACUCAGCUAUCCCUUAUAAGGGCCAAAAGUACAAGGACCUGAAGAAGUCUUGUGUUUCCUCUGGCACCCUGUUUACUGAUGCAGAAUUUCCCCCAAAAGACUCGUCACUGUCCUAUGCUCCGGACAAAAUACCGAGAAAUGUAGAGUGGAAGAGACCAGGGGAAAUUUGCAGUGAUCCCAAAUUCUUUGUUGAUGGAGCCAGUGCUAAUGACUUUGCUCAGGGUGAAAUAGGAAACUGUUGGUUUGUAGCUGCCUGUGCCUGCAUAGCAGAAAAUGGCAGUCUGUGGAAGAAGAUUGUACCAGAUUUUGAAGGCCAGGAAUGGAUACAAGAUAAGAAUGAAUAUGCAGGAAUUUUCCAUUUCCGUUUCUGGCGUUCUGGAGAGUGGCUUGAUGUAGUGAUCGACGAUUACCUCCCAACAAGGCAUGGCAAGCUUAUCUACUGUCACUCACCGGCAAAAAAUGAGUUCUGGCCAGCACUUCUGGAGAAGGCAUAUGCCAAACUAUUUGGGGAUUACCAGUCCCUCGUGGCAGGCUUGACCCGAGAUGCUCUAGUGGACAUGUCCGGCGGUGUCGGGGAACAGCUAGACAUGAGCGAGUAUAAGAGUGAAGAGCAGAAAAUGGAACUCUUCAGGAUCCUCAAACAGUCCUACAAAAAUCAAUCGCUAAUGAGUGCCUCCAUUGCUGCAUCAGCUAAUGACAUGGAAGAUGAACUUGACUGUGGACUCAUCAAAGGUCAUGCUUAUAGUGUGACCUCUGUCAAGGACAUUCCCAUCAGUACCUCAUCUGGACUUUUCGCUUUCUUCAAACGAGAGAAAAUCCACAUGAUACGCUGCCGGAAUCCCUGGGGAGGGACGGAGUGGAAGGGAGCUUGGAGUGAUGGAUCCAAAGAAUGGGACCAGGUCAGUGACUCUAUGAAGAAGGACAUUGGUCUAACUGUGGAUGAUAAUGGAGAAUUCUGGAUGUCAUUUGAAGAUUUUUGUGCAUACUACACAGACAUAGGAGUCUGUCAUAUAAUCAACACAUCUUUCUUCUCCCUCAAAAAAACCUGGAAAGAGGGUGAGGCCAUUGGGGAGUGGAGGAAACCAUCACGGAGUGGAGGAUGUAGUAACCAUAAGGCUUCCUUCCUGAAAAAUCCUCAGUUCGUGUUUGAAGUACCGAAAGAGGAGGAUGAGGUGUUAGUUUCCUUGGAGCAGUUUGACCGUAGAGCAAACAAAGAGGAUGGAGAAUCACAAUUCACCAUAGGCGUGACUAUACUCAAGACUGACCUGAACAGAGUGUAUCGGAUGCAUGACUCCAUGAGGGAAGCACACUCUUCAUCUUUCGUAAAAUCUCGCAGUGUCAUGACAAGAGCAAAACUCAAACAAGGCAAAUAUUGUGUGAUUCCCUCGACCUUUGACCCUGGUUUUGAAGGAGAUUUUUUUCUUCGGAUUUAUGCAAGUAACAGUCCAAACUUAAAGGAGCUGACACUUGACGAGCCAGACAGAAAUAGUGGGUGUUGCUGUAGUCCCUUUUACAUGUGUAAGCCAUACAAGUCAGCCCUACAGAUCCUCAUCAGCAGUGGAGAGGGACUCAAGGGCAUGGAUAUAGACAGAAAGUCGGACCCCUUUGUUGUUGUCCGCUGUGAGAAGGAGAAGGUGAAGACUCCUGUAAUAGCCAACGACAUCAAUCCAAAGUUUGAUCAGAGGGUAACAUUUUACCAGAAAACCCCAAAAGAAAAUAUUACUUUAGAGGUCUGGAACCACAACCUUAUAAAGGACGAUUUCAUGGGAAUGUGUACCCUGUCUAUGACACAAAGGAGUUCAUUCAAGGGAGGUAACAAAAUGAUUGGAUUACCUUUAAUGGGUAAGGGUAAAGAGAAGGCCAUGCCUACACAAGGCCGGCUAUGGGUCAAUGUACUGUAUACAACUUUACUGGACACAGUGUGACCUCCAGACCUUCAGUUGAAAUGACUCAAUAUGGCACAUCAGGAUAUUUUGACUUUAACAUCUCGGGGCUUACAGUUGUAAGACAAAUGACAUACGGUGUAGUGGACAGUAAUUAGUUAAUGUACUUGUGUACACAGAUGACCAAAUUCAUGACGAAAAACCAUGAAAUGUUUCAAUAGAUGUUGUCACACACUUGCAUAUGUACCCUACAGAUGAAUUAAGGUGCUAUGUGGUAGGUAAAUACUACAUUCUGAUCCACUCUGCUGAAGGAUAUAUUCAUUAAACCAGAAAAAUAAUUAAUUAUGGUAAGUAUACAUUUACAAAUGAUGACAGGGUGCCUUAGACUAGUUGACCCUAUAGUUUUUAUAAUUAUUAAAAACUUUAUUUUACUAUUUCCUGACUGUAUUAAAGUAAGUAAUUUUGAUUUAUUUUUCUAUUGGUGUUUUAUUAUUUAAAAGAAAAAUGUAUGCAUACAUCUAUUUUUUUAAAUCUGACAUUUUUCGUUCAUUUUGCAUUAGAUAUAUCUACUAAAUUAAGACAGAGUUGAAGUAAAACCUGUACUUCAUAAAGGAAACAUAUUCUAAUCCUAUUGUUUUUAUUGGACUUUUAUUGACAAAACAUACAGUAUCAUAAUAUUAUGUUUAACAAUGCUGAUAUUCAUGAUAACAUUUUGUCAUUGAAUCACCUAAGGUAAGCCAGAUGAGCUCUAUAUGGCUGGUCAGCAGCUAACUUGACCCAAACUAACCUCUCCUAUUUGCAUUGUUGCCAUUUUUUAAAUAUCAAACAUAUAUCCCCUAUAUGGGAGUCAGUUUUUAUAAUUUUCUAUAUAUCGUUUUCAGAAUAACAUAUUUAGUAAUACAAUUGUAUUGUGUUUAUAGUUUACAUUGGAGUUUGGCUAUACAUUUAAUGCCAAAAUAGCUGAUAAAAUUUCUUUUUCAUACAUAUGCAUGUAUUUUAAUUUUAGAGUGUUUAGUUAAUAAAUCAAAUGUAGUUGAUGAAAUAGCUUUAAUUUGCCCCAAAAUAAGCGUUGUCUGCUGUUACUUUAGCCUCUCUUGGUUGAUCUCCACUAAGUACAGUGUAUGUUUUGGGACUCAAGAAACAUGUAAGUAAGACUUAGUUACUUAUCCAGUGAUCUAACAUGUAUCUACAGACUUACUCAAAAUGGCCUACAGAUUCAAGUGACUUAGCCCCUGCAAAGGAGACUUUAAUGGGCUCAGAUUCUUGAGUCUUUUUGUUUCAGUGAACAAUCCAUGGUUGAGAGGUCAUAAUGAAAGCUUAUGUUUUAAAGCUAGUUUUACCUGUCUUAUUAGAAUAGACUGCAGCCACAGGACUUAGUCUUUGUUAUUAACUGUGGACUUUAAAUUCUGUUAUAUGUGUGUAAGUCAACUGUAAUGUUAUUGAUGUUUGAACUUUAACUUUUGUACAAAUGUAAAUAGUUUUUAAUAGAUAUCUAAUUCUUUUAAAAUAAUUUUAGGAUUUUACUGUUAACCUAUUCCCGUGUUGAUUGUAAACACAAUGAUUUCAUAAUUCUUAUUUAUAUAUAAAUUUCUGUUGUCACGUGGUAUAUGCAGUGAUACUGAAACCUAAGACUGUGAUUUCUAGUGUAGUAUAUAGUGUUGCUAAAUAUACAGUAGUCUUGGCCAGACCAAGGGUCUAAACCUCUAAAGUAUGCACAUUAAUUUUUAGGAUAAAAUUAAACCACAUGACUGUUAAACACAUGUUGAUUAUCUAUACAUUGUCACAUGGUACACAGGUCUUAACCUUUUAUACACUUUUAUACUACUAGUACUUACGGUUGCCCAGUGUCAUUUUCUAACAGACAUUUCUCUCAGGGAUCAGUUUUCGCUCGGCUGCUUAGCCAUUAAAUGUAAUUACUUGUUUCUAAUUUGUAUCGAUUUGUCUUAACACUUGUCUUAUGCCAUGUUCAUUUCAAACGCGGUAUUUCAUGAUCAAUUAAUGUUCAUUCCAAACGCUAUAUUCCAAUAUUCUAAUUCGUGAUAUUUCCAUACGCGGCAUUUCAAUUCAUUACCAUUCCAAAAGCGGUAUUUCAAUUCAUUAUCAUUCCAAACGCGGUAUUUCAAUUCAUUAUCAUUCCAAACGCGGUAUUUCAAAUCAUUAUCAUUCAAAACGCGGUAUUUCAAUUCAUGUACUGCUGCUGUUCGUUAACAUGACUAUUACUACCUCGCUGCAGCAUAUACAAUGAUGUGAAUUAUCCUGAGACAACAUCUGUACAUUGCUAAAACGAUUACAUAUCAAUUGGAAUUUUGGGCAGCUCAUGCCAUUCCACAUAACCUUAACUUCGUGCCAUGGUGACCUAUAUACAACUGUUACAUUACCUGAUUUGUUUCUAAGUGUCUGUCCGAAUGUUGUACAAGUUGAACACUGUAUCAGAUACUCACACUACCUGUAUGUUUAUAGACUACUUUUUGACUUUCUAUACAAAAAAGGCGUUCAUAAAAUAAUUCUAGCUAUUGUUUAUACAGUUAAUGAAUAUUAUCUUUCUGGCUCACCUUGUUAGAAGGUCAGAGCUGCGUGGUUUAUACAAAUUAGAUAUGUACCAUGAUUGGAUGAAGGGGAAUAACCAACAGUUAAACUUAGAUACCAGGAACAGAUCUAGAGGGCGGGGUCAAAUAGGACAAUAUUGGUAUUUAAUUUAUAAAUACAUGCUCAUCUUUCUCCUCGGGUGAAAUGAUUUAAACCUGACGAUAUUGGGUUAAAGGGGCUCAGUGCUGUACGAAUGGAGGUCAGACCAGCUCUUGGGACAUAUAGUAGUUACCCCAGUACCGUAUUUUGGUCGAGUAUGAAUUACUAGUAUUCCAUCAUAUCAAACAGUUACAUGCUUACAAUGAUGGCUCAUGGUCCCGUUUGUAUGAUCUCGUCAUUGAUUUGGUUAAUAUUUUAACACUUUUAUCUCAUUGAUGUUUUACAAUCUCUUUUGAAUAAUAUCCAUUGUCUUUCCUAUUAGUGACGAACUAUUAAAGUGUAAAUGUUGGUUAUCUUAGUUUUUAAAUUUUCUCUUUAGAAACUCUCCGAUUUAGGUUAUAACUAUGUCAUUGUUUUUAUUUACAGUGUAGUCAAGUCACUUCUGGAUACUCUUACUCUGAAAGCGAUCUCAUUUCGAGAUGAUUGACAACAUAACUUUAAGUGCAUAAUUUACAGUAACGCUGUAACCGAAACUAUGUAUAGUAUAUUAUAUUAGGUACAUGACACAAUGUGCAUAAUAAUGGCGAUAACCUAACAUAUUGAUAUCAUAUUGCUAUUUUUAUCUGCUGUCUCUAGCCAAGCAAACCUGUGAUAUUAUUCUGAAUCUCUGAUACUUUUGUCAUUAUAUUCCAAUGCUAUGUAAUUUAUUGUACCUUUGACUUUGAAUGUAUUUAUUGAUUGCGAUGAUACUUGUCUAAUUCGAGCCCUGAUUAUUCUGACGUCCUAUCUAACCCGGUCAAUAUGUAUAUCACGUUGUUCAGGAUGUUUAGAUAGACCAAUUAUCAUUGGUUAUUUGGGAGUAAUUGUAUCAUGCCCAAAUAUACAUGUAGUAUAUUUUUACCAAUCUAUUUAACUUGAUAAUGGAAUGUUGUAUGUCUUUUCUUAUUUUUGUUUUUUGUAUUCUUGGAUAAAUUUAUAUAUUGUUGAUCACCAAUAUACAUUUUAUAGGGAACUGUUAUCUGAGGCUACAAGGUCAAACCAGCACUACAAAAUCAUAGUAAACGGUGACAGGCUUAAAUUUAUGCCUUUAUUUAUAGUACGUAGAAUUAAUAUGGCAAAAACACAUAGGUAUUUUUAAGGAUAGAAUUUAAAAAAUAAUUAUGAUUUAUAAAUUAUUAUUAUUAUUAGCAGACGUAUGCAAGUUUUUAUACAGUUUUUAGAUAUUGCAAAACUAUAAAUAUUCCCUGACCAUUGAUUUUUAUAUACAGUAUUACUUAUAUUUAUGUUGAAUAUGUGUUAUUAUAGAAAGAUGGAAAAUUAAGGUAGAUAUUAAGUGCCUUGAUAGUAGUCGUGGUUUUUAAUAUGUAUUCGAACAUGGAUUUCUCUUAACAGUUUUUAAUGACGUUAAAUGACGUUUCCAGGUUAAUUUUCCUUCUCCAACAAGCAAUUGACUAUUAGCGCGUAAAAGUCUACCGUAGUUCAAAGUAUUGUUUUAUUUAGGUUUGGGUACCUAUAUUUGGAGGAGAUACCGGUUUUGAAUAUUUUUUUUCAUAAAUCUGUAGUGUUAAAUUUGUUUGAUUUAUUAAUGCAUUUAUUGUUAAAAUGACACAUGAAAAACGCAAUAUGUACAUAUCUAAUUGGAACGUAUGUUUAAGAGUAAUAAACCUUAGGGAUGGUUUGCAUGAUGAUGCAUUUUGAUUAAAACUACAUGUUGUAUAUCUAUAUAUUACCCGGAUGAAGCGUGCACAUUUUUAUUCCAUCUAUCUGUGUGAAUUAAAUAAUCAAUAACUUAAUUUUAUUCUCGUAUUAGUUUUCAAUUAGAGAUUACCCUCAGCUCAAUUUGUAAUUCGAGUUUAACAAUGUCUUUUGGUCUUAAUAAAAUGUAUACCGGAAAUAUUUAUACAGUGUUAAAUUUUAAAGUGGUAACAAUGCUACGUAAACCGUGUACGCAACUGUCACAGAUUUACUUAGCAGGUUGCAUUGAGGGAAGUUUUGAGCGAUGUAGCAAAUAUUUCAGGAAUACAUUUAUGCAUAUUGUAUUGAGGAAAUAAAGAUAACAAAUUG